GCAGGCGAGGCGCGGCCGCGGAGCUGCGCCGCUGAGGGCCGCGGCCAUGCCCAAGCGGGGCUGCCCCUUCGCGGACGCGGCCCCGCUGCAGCUCAAGGUGCGUGUGGGCCGGAGGGAGCUGAGUCGCGGCGUGUGCGCCGAGCGCCUCACGCGGGAGAUCUUCGAAAAGACCACGCAGCUCCUCUUCCGCGGGGCCCAGGCCUGCAUGGACCCCGCGUGGGAGGAAGGCUGUGCCAUCGUCGACACCCCGGAGUCCCCGAAGCCUGGCCCCACCGACGCCCCGCGGGCCGCGCGCGGGCAGAUGCUGAUCGGGCCCGACGGCCGACUGACCAGGAGUCGAGCCCGGGCCUCCGAAGCUGACCCAGCCAUGGCGGCAUCGGGAGCCUGCUCGUCGUGUGUGCGGGCUGUGGACGGGAAGGCGGCGUGCGGCCAGUGCGAGCGGGCCCUGUGCGGGCGCUGCGUGCGCACCUGCUGCAGCUGUGGGGCAGUGGCCUGCGCCCUGUGUGCCCUCGUGGACUGCAGUGACCUCCACGAGAAAGUGCUGUGCGCCAGCUGCGCCAUGUUCGAGGCCUGAGGCCAGGAGAGGACGGCAGCCCUGCCUGGACGACCUCGCCGCCGUCCACGCUGAGGGACUGGGGGGAGGGGCGGGAAGGGACAGCCUUUCUAUUUUGUAUUUUGUUCUCCUGACCACAGAAGAGAA